AUGCAUGGUCGUGUCAGGGUCAGACGGACCGAGGAACAAGAACGGUUGCGUCGUGAGAAGAAAGAGAGGCUUGAAUGUGAACUGCGGGCUGCUACAAAUAAGAUAUUUGAGUGCCGUGCGGAGGGAGGUCAUAGCGAGAAAAUACUUUCCUUGAUUGAGAAUGUUAUCGAAAAAUGUGCAGACACGUCAACAUUGUGGAACUAUAGACGGGAAAUAUUUGAGCGUAUGUUCAUGCUUCCAGACUGCGAUUCCCACAAAGUAAAAAGACUUCUCGAUCCAGAGCUCGAGCUAACUACGCGCUGCCUCACUACCAAUCCAAAGUCCUAUUCCGUGUGGCAUCACCGGAGAUGGAUAAUGAACAACCAUCCAGUUCCAAGUUGGAACUCGGAAAUCGAGUUCUGCAACAUUGCCCUGAAAGCGGAUGAACGUAACUUCCAUUGCUGGGAUUAUCGUCGGUUUAUUGUAUCAAAAGGUAAAAUACCAACGGAUUCGGAAUUAUUGUUCACGGACUCAGCACUGGAUUUAAAUAUGAGCAAUUAUUCAGCUUGGCAUUACCGCGGAGAGUUGUUUUGCUCGUCCAGUCCUCUCUCGGAAUCUCUUCCCGUCAGCCCACCACCUUCAAAUAUAAACAAUGAACUGAACCGUUCGUCUGAUUCUGCAACGCUUCCUUCCGGCGAGUUGGAGCUGGUCCACAACGCUAUCUAUACAGAUCCGAACGACCAGAGCCCCUGGUUUUAUUACUGGUGGAUUCUAGGCCGGGGAAGGCGAAAGGUCUAUUUGCGGGAGUUGUACUUAUCUCGUUCUUUGGAACGUGUUUUGCUCGUAUUUACUGCAUCAAAGCCGCUUAGUGCUUUGAAAAGACUUGAGGUUGCCAUCAAGGUAACUUUCCCUUCUUCUGAAUGUGUUAGCUUAUCAGUAUCGGAUUUGGGGGGUUGGCAAUCCGCCCUCGGUGAACCUGUUUCUGCAGUUUGGUGGUUGUCAAUCGCACCGGAUCUUAUUGCCUCUUGUUCACCGAAGUCUGAUGAACCCCUCGACUAUAACCGCCUGCAGUUUGCCGUAUCUGUGUGCAUUUUGGAUGUCGAUAAUUCCGGCGAACCGAAGGUUUGCCAAAAUCCACACUGUCCCCCAGAUCACCUGUUUUGUCUCACUUGCAAGCUGGAGGCUAUGCGCAACGAAUCACUUACGAGAGUUGACCUUAAUCCACUGCGACUUCUAAAUCCCAUCAUAUCACCCACAAAUGAACCAGAUGAGCUAGAAACGGAGUUGGAAAAUGUCCGGGAUCUCGUUGGGAUGGAACCCGAGAACAAAUGGGCGCUUCUAACACUGAUUGGCCUUCUAAGAUUUGUUCACCCUCCAGAUUCGGCUUGUGAUGUAUCCGCAGCCCUCGAAACUUUGAUGAGAAUUGACCCGAAGCGUUGUGCAUACUAUCAGGACAUUAAAUCGUCACACAUUAUUCAAGAUGCCCUAGUUCAAACACUUGAAGAUCGCUCACGCGAGGUGUCGCUUGUCGGUGUGCAGCUACUCAGUUUGAAGUAUCUUGACUGGUUUACGCUAAUGACGAAAAUCGACCUCUCAGGCAACAGUAUCACCAGAUUACCCGACACGCUGGCUUAUCUCGUUUGCCUUUGUGAACUUAAUAUGGACGACAACAAGCUGGAAUCCCUCAAUGGCAUCAAACGCCUUCCUUCUCUCUUAACUUUAUCCGCCCAAAGAAACUGUCUGAACGAGAUCGCAUCCAUAGAGGAGUUACUUUUCUGUCCAAAGCUAGAAACGGUGUCUAUUGACGGCAACAAAGUUACUGGCCUUCCAGACUUCACGCGCCUCCUUGCUGAGCAUCCAGGAUCUAAAGCAAGAGGUCAGACAUUCAUCGUUACGUAUGAGAAAUCUAUGGCUUUU